AUGGAAUCUUCUUCCAAACCAGUUUCCAAUGAAGAUGGAAAACAUCAGUCUAAACUCGUGUCCAGUUCCAGUUUUGCAAACAAAGAAGUCGUUAGCAACACGUCCGGCAGCGGUCAGGGGUCAGACCAGAAGGCAAUCAACGGCAACACUGCAACGGUUGUUGAUAACACUCAUAAUGCUUCUGCUGCAGCAGUACCUGUUGCGACUCCUCUUGUUGUUGUAACACCUGAACGAAACGAAGCAACUCCAAAGACUAAUGUCGAUUACAGUCUCAAGGUGGAAAAUAAUGCCAACGAUGAGUUGAAGGAAUCCAAGUCCACAGCUUUAUCAAUGGCCAAUUUCAAACAUACUGACCUGGCUGAAUUGCUAAAGAACCCGGUCCUUACACCUUCAUAUCAAGUGACAAGAUUGCAGUUGCUGCAAUCACACCUGGAAGCGGCAUGCAGAAAAAGAAACAGUUCUUUUGCUAACGGCGAUUUGAAAUCAGGAGCAAGAGUGAUUGCUAGUCCAAGUGUCUUCAAAGCCGAUGCCAAUUCGAUGAUAACUCUGAAGAACAUCAAUUCCUACUUGGAAAUCGAGGAUACGAAAGAGAUCGAUGCUGGCACUAAUGGCUUAUUACAGAACCAACAACUUCAGUCACAUCUGAUGCAGAUGAACUUCGAUGUGAAUAUUGAUUCAAAUAUUAGCGAAUCCAGUGACAGACUGCAGUACUGUGGUGUUAUAAUGCCGAGUACAUCACAAGAAAGACUAAAUGUUAUUGGUCCGAAUCCGACUUCGAUCCUCAAUCAUUUCAGUGCAGAAUCGGAGAAAUUGUGUGAGAUAGGUGGGUAUCCACAAGGCAAGUUCGAUAUCUACAAAGUUCGAUCUGUGAAACUGGAACAAACACUUUAUAAAGAGACGUUAUCAGUGAAAAACGACACGAAAUCAAGCGAAAGCAUAAACGAAGAUGCUGAGAAUUUGAGUGAGGAAAAUAGCGUUGCUAAUAAAGAGGUGCCUGCGAAAAAAAUCGAUAAAGAUUCCGAGGUUGUGAGGAAAGAAGUGAUUCCAGAACUAACGAACGGUUGUUCGGAAAGCAAUUUGGAUAAGUCGAGGUCGAUUAACAAAUUAGGUGUAGGAUUAAAAAUGUUGUUGUCUCGGUGGAGCAACAAAGUUAUUUUAAAACUGGAAAAUAAUGCUUCUGGUGCAAACAAACGUUCUGGGAAAAGUUUUGUUAGAAAACAAAACGAUAUAGUAGCUGGAAUUCCUCGUGGAUCGAUCGAUGAUCAAGGAAAAAACACAAACCAAAAUUCACCAAAAUAUAACAGCGAUGUUGUAACUAGCGAAACAUUAAAAGAAAACAGCGAACAAGUUCAAACUAAUAUCGCAGAUGUUUCAAAAGAGAAAAAUGAAGAUGACGCGUCAGCGGAGAUAAUGAAUAAUGAUGAAAAUUCACAUAAAAACAGCGAAAAUGUACAACAAAGAGAAAGCGAUAUCCUUUUCAAUGAAGCUACAAUACUAAAUGGUGAUGGUAAGCCAGUUAUUGUGGGGAAUCCAUCACAAAACAAUUCUAAUGACUGUUUAGCAAUGUCCUCUCCAAUUACAAUGAAGAGCACAUCAAAAACAAAACGAAACGAAACAAAAUACAUAGAAAAGCUCCCAAAAGAAAUUAAUUGCAUUAACGAUCCUGAAAAUGACAGUAAAACAUGCAUGGACGAAGAAGAGCUUACAAACACCGAAGGGGGUAAAUUAUCCGGUGAAAAUACAAAGAAAUGUGUUACUUAUGUUUUUAUAAAAGCCAAUCCCGACUUGCAGCUCGAUGACAGAACCAAGUGUCUGUCUGAGCAAAAUAGAGUUCCUGUAAUAUGCCAGAAAAAUUCACAUCCGAAAUAUCACGUGGUCAGUUCAGAACAUCCAAAUUUUAUAAAAUACUCGAAUGGAAACAGUGAGUCUUCCAUGGAAAUAAUGUCAAGCAAAGAUACUGCGAAAAUAAAGGAUAGUUUUCCUUGUGUUGAACAAGUAUCACAAGAACAACACCAGCAACAAACGCCUGAAUCGUUUGAUAAAACGGCUAUUUCAGUUAAGUUCCCAAUCGGUGAUGAGUUAUUUAUACCAAAAAUGUUGCCUUGUAGUCCGAGUGUAGACUUAGUUCGAAAUCCCUAUCAAACAAACAGCAUCCAAAAGAGUUCAAAGGUUCCAGCUGUGACGUUACAGGCAAGUGAUGCCGAUAACACUCUUGAGAUUAAAGAAAAGAUUUCUCUUAACGUGGAAGGAAACAAUUUGUUGUUGCUUCCAAAAUGUUUUUCUAAAUCGUGCGAUAUCAUCUCAAACAGUAACAAACUUUCGUUAGAAAACGGCGAACCUAAAUAUGAUUGUGGUGUUAACAUUGAGCUUUUGAACGGUAAUAAUUCCAACACGAAUAUUAACCAAAAGACAACUGGAUGUGCUACAGGGCCAGUUUCGAAAAUCGAUAGCUUUGCUAUAAGAAAAGAAUCCUUUGCUGGAUUCGAUCAAGAAAUGCUUCCGUUAGGAUCAGAAAUAAUUCAAACAAAUAGUUCUUUAAAAUGUCCAUUGAUAAGCAAAAAGGAAAAUAUUCUCGACAUUACAAAAGAAAACGAUACAGGUUCGUUACCCAGUAGUUCUACCCCUGGGACAAUUAACAUUCUCAUUAACAGAAAUUCUGAACAAAAUCUAACCAAAAGACUACCUGAAAAUUUGAGUAGUAAAUAUGAAAUGAUUACAACGUCCCAGGAUAUUCUCAAUGAUGGUCUUACAACUAAUGACAAAAGCAUUCGUUCUGACUUGCCAGAAUCUGACGAAACUGCAUGCUUCGCUGACAAAGACGCGAGAAACGAAACGGAUUCUAGCGGAGAUCCAUGCAAGACUAAAAAAAUCAAUGUUCCCAUUUUCGCAUUUGAAAAGACCAAACUGAGGGAUAUUAUUUCUCUCUUGGGUUGUAAGCUGAUAGAAACAUCAAAUUCUUCAAAAUGCCAAUUUUCGAAUAAUUCGAAGGCCAGCCUGGAAAAUAAUAAUGAAAUAAAAGAAGGAACGAUUAACCCAUAUGCUUGUAAACUAGAAAAUCGAGCAGAAUGCAAACCAGGAUACAUCGUUAGUAUUUCGCCAGAAGACAAGUUGAAGAAUUUGACCGAUAAUAACGGGUCGUUAGUACAAACAGAGAAAGAGGAAGUUUUCAAAGAUGGAACUGUGUCUUCAAAUUUCGAAACCAGUGAUGCAACAGCAAAAGACGGCAGUAAGGUACUUCAACUAGAAAAUGCAGACGAUGCUUUAAAACCAAUGACAAAAGAAACCGUAUCGAAAAAAGAUACCUCAGCUACAAAAGUCUUUGAUGAAAGUUACACGUUGAAGAAAGCGGGGGUUUUGUUUGCAUUAACCGAUAUGAUUGGAAGUGGAACUAAUCGUUUAGCAUUCUCUGACGUAGUGGAUGCUGAGACAAGUCGUACAAGUUCCUCGGAUGUUUCAAAUGAUGCAAUAAGCAGAGACAACGGUCACAUAAGUACGUCUGGUUCGAAUUUGGAUAAAAAUUAUAAAUCUAUAUCUAACGACGGCAACGGAGAUAAAAACUGUGGCGAUUUAUCUGCGAAAUAUGCACAGAAAACCCAGACAAAAAUUAGUGUAGAAGAAAAUGAAGAAACCAAUGUUGCUACUUCGGUAAAACGACAAAAUAGCACCAAUUCUUUCGGUUUUAUUGACGAUCGAAGUUCAAACGUCAAGAAUAAUGAGUCGAACGAGCGACUUGCGAGGAAUAAACGCUCAGAGGAAUUUACUUUCGAGAUACCACGAUUUGCAUAUUUCUCAAUUGAAGAAAUGGACAACAAGCUAAUAGAAACAGACAAAAGUAAGUCUUUACCGAAGAUGACAAAUUAUAGAAUUUCCCUUCAAAAGGAACUGUUAUCCCCUUCCUCUGGUCCUAUUGGUGAAAGUGGAUUCCGAGAGGAGAAUUCGAAUACUUCCCUGCGAAUCGAAGGUAAAUUAACCGGUCAGGAACGCUGUUCGAUCACGAAGAGAGUUUGCGGUUUUAUUAGCGGUAAAUACGGUAUGAACGGAAAUGGAGACGGUGGCCAUCGUAGAAGAGAUAUCAGAGUCCAGUUUGACGAAGAAGAGGUGAAUAUAUACAGCGAACGAGCAGACGGCAUUACAAGUUAUAUACGACCAAAUCAAAUGAAUGAUGUGGUUUUAACUGAAAACUUAACCUCUUCAGAUUUGCCAGAGAAGAUUAAAGCUUCCUUUUGUACCACGGAAACCGAUUCAGCUAGCGGCGUCAUUUCGUUAAAUAGUUCGCAAAACCUAUCAGCAGAACAGUUGAAAGACGCUGUUGUUAUAGAUAAUGAUUUAAUUGCUGCUUCGGUCGUUGACAAAAUAACUUGUAACCAGAACAAUUUUGGUGUCGACAAUUUUUUCUAUGAUCCCCUAGCGUACAUUAUUGAAAGUAUGCCGUAUUCUUUAGUCGAUGGUUGUAUUGGAGAAGAAGAGAUUUUUUGUAAAGAAAGCAAAAUAAAGGGGGACAUGGAAUCAAUUGGUGAGGAACCAAUCAAAACAUUUCCCGAGAAAAACACAAUGCAAACUGUAACCAGUAAGAUAAUAGUUAAAGAUACCAGCAACCUUUUGGAAGAAGAAGCAGCGAGAAAAGAUCGUGAAGAAUCUCAACUUACUUUGAACACAGGGCAAAAUGAAAGUUCAAAAGAGAAGGAGUUUAGUUAUUUUGAACCUGAAAGUAAUGAUGGCGGAAAAGAAAAGACUAGCGUUGUGGAGUUACCAAACAGUCUGCCAACAAAAUUAAAGAUUAACCCGACAGACGUUGCUCUGUAUAACUCGGUCGAGUCAUCAAAUGUAGACAAAAAUAUAGUUUUUGAUAUAUCUGACAAUACUGUAUCAAAUAGCGAUUCAUUAAAUAGUAUUACUGUAUCAAACGGCACCAUCUCGAGCGGAGAUGUCGCAUCACGUGAUACCUUCGUAAAUAACGUCCAAUCAGACGAUAGUAACUCAAGUGUCGCCUCUAGCAGCGUCGUAUCGAACGAUAUUAGGACGAAUAAUAACAUUUCACGUGUUUGCUCUUCAAUUAAUGCCGUAUCGAACGGUAAUGCAGGAAAAUGUGUCGCCUCAGACAUUGAUGUGCCAACAGUUCCGUUAACAAAUGCAGCCGCCUUAUCAAGUAAUAUCGCAUCGAACAAGUAUGUGAUGAAAUAUGAGGAAGGUUCUGCAAAUAACACAAAGUGUUCAGCCAUCGCAGACAAUGACGUCACCACAUUUCCAGUCGGUGAUACGAGGAAUAUUUCUACAGAAGUUGCAUGUAGGACAAAAGAUAUUAAUUUUUCAUUAUCAAACACCAAAACAGCGAAGUCUAGACAAAAUUCCAUUACCAUUUCACUGGAUGAUGUUGCAACCACACACCACUGUCGUGAUCGUGAAGGAAACGAAGAUAUUGCGUACAUACAAGAAAAUUUAGCAAGAUAUAUCAUGGAAAAUGUUGCAAACAUCAGCUAUCCGAAACCUAGUGAUUUGAUAGGGAUUGGUUAUAAUUUCGUUAACACUAACAACGAUCCAAUAGAAAAAGCGUUUAGAAGCCAUUGUACAGAAAUGUAUAAAAAUACGAAAGCAACGAGUACGUCGCCCGAAAUGUUAGAUAGUGCCAGGAACUCUUCCAAAGUUACGCCAUUCCACAAAACCGUAGAAAAUUGCUUGGAUUUGGUUAAAAUGGACAUUACAAAUGUCUCUAAAACAAGAAUUGGUGUAAAAGACUAUGUAACAUGUCUUGCAAUAAACGUCGGUGAUAACACAUGUUAUAUUCAGAAAAAUACAAUACAACAAGCGCAACUGAAAAUGGCAAACAAUACGACUGAGAAGCUGUUGGUGAACAUCUCUGACUUUAUUAAAGAACAAAACGAUGACAAUGACACUCGUAAUGCGUCUAUCAACGACCAAGAUCAAAACAGCCUCUGUUUUAAGACAGUUUCGGAGGGGAAACCAUUACAAGAAUUCCCUGAGACUAUUUCAGAGAAGAUUUUUGAACAAAAAGAAAGAUUAGUUGCCGUCGUGACAGCGAAAAAGGCUGAAAAAAUUUAUGAAAUAUCAGAACAAAAUACGAUCGAACUAGGACAAAAUGUAAAUGGUAAACUUAAAGUUUAUAAGAAGAAUCAUUCAAAUGGCAUUGAAGAAAUGCUGAAAAUUUCUAGCGAAGAAAAAGUGCAAGAAGCAUCGAAUUCUGGAGUUGUAUCAGAAAGGAAUUGUCCAACUGAAUCUCCUGGCAACAAUACUCAGAACUCAACUGUUAUGCAGACUUCUAAUGGGAAUGAAGAAGAAACUGAAGAAAUCAAUAAUCCUUCAAUACAGGGGUUGAAUUGCCAGUUCGAUACUAAUCAAAAUGAAAAAGUUUCAGAAACAAAGCAAGCAAAAGUUAUUUCUGAUUCAAAGACCAAAAUUACAAUCGAAUCUGUAUUGAUUGACACCAAUCGAUCUCUUCCAAAUGGAAACCGAAACGUGUGUGAUUCGAACACCAAAUCGCAAGCGUUGCAUGAUGCAGUUAAUGGUAUACCAUCAAACAUAGUUACCAUCCAGUCUACAGAGAACGCAGAUGUAAAUCCGCCAAAUAUUACAAGACAGUUUACCGUUGAUGAAAAUACAAAAGGGGAGCCGUUUGCUGUCGCUAAAGAUGAGGUAAAACAUAACACAAACGAAACAGCAACAGGCAGAAACAUCGAAGGAGAUUCUGCUUCUUGUAACACUCUUCGUAUUAACGUUUCGAACCCAGAGAAACAAAACAGCGAAAUUACAUCAGGAAAUGUCCAAAAUGAUUUUGGAAAUAUCUUAAAGACAAUUACAAGAAAAACAUCCACUCAGGCCGAUGAUUCUGUUCCGUUGGAUGAAUGUGUAACAGAAAAACCGGAUAUUGUGGAGCACAUUUGGGUGAAUACAGUACAAAACCGAGCAGAUGGCGCUGAUAGCAGUAAUGGAAUCUCAAAUAUUUGCGAUACUAAAAAAUCAACUAUUAUAUCAGUUCACAGAAAUGUUUCUACUUCCGGUCAUGAAAACACUUCAAUGAAAGAAGUCGUGGAAAAGAAGGAAAUAUUACAAAUAUCCCAUAACGAGGCGAAUAGCUCUAAAUUUAAUUUCGAUAAAGAAAUUUUGGAUCAAAUUAUUGAAACGAACACAUUCCCCAUGCUGUCAGAGAACAGCUUCGCCUAUAGUUUCAGUUCUAUUCUAAACCCUUUGGGAACUAUAGUUAUAAACUCUUCGAAUUCUACAUCAGGGAAUAGUAGUCCGGAGUUAAAUAAAGACACAGCUGUUCCAACAAAAUGUGAAGAAGCAAAGGAAAUACCAGAUGAGCAAACAAACGAAAAGCAGUCGGAAUAUAUGACCAGUGUAACUAAAACAAAUGGACAACAACGGCAACAACCAAAUCAACAACAAUCAAAAACUGUCUCUGGUGGGAAAUUACCAAACAUUUUUGAACGUAAAAAAAGUUUCAGUCAAUCUACAAAAUAUACGUCUUGUAGUCCGUUUCAAGAAAAUAACCCUGAAAAUAAAAAGACUGCAGCAACAGAUCACAUUAAGAAUGAAACAAGGAAUUACUUUGCUAAACCUUAUGAACAAACUGACAGAAAACCUAUAAUGGUUGCAGCACCCUGUAAGAAUAUAUCGAAUGACAGGGCCACAUUACCUCUGAAAUCUCCCAGAUCUACAACAAAUAACAAUGAAAACUCUCAAACACUAGGGCAGACGACCAAAGUUCGUAGCAAAGUAUUUCAAAGUAGUGAUGCUAGUCAUUCAAAAUAUGGUAAAAAUAAUUUACAAGUUAGAAAGAAUCCGAGCGAUGUAGAAAACGCUACGAAACUGGAUAAACCGAGAAGCAAUAUUCCAAACCGUAAGACGGCAACCGACGGGGAGAUGGAGAAACUCGCCAUUUCAAACACGUCGAAUAACAUCGCAAACACAUAUGCGAUAUCAGAUAAAAACAAGUGUAGCAUCGCCUUUUCUAAGCCAAUCGAUACAAUUCAGACAUCGAUCAGCAAUAAACAAUUAAGUACCAAAGAUUGUCAUAUUAAAAAUGCGAAAUGUAGGAAUUGUGUGAAAAGUAAUUCAUCCUUUUUACCAAAAAUCGGUUCAAGUGUAUCAGAAUCAGAAAUGAAAAAACGAAGGAAUAUUUCCGAUAACGACUCUAAAAUGCCUGAAAGUCACACACGAAAUGGUAAAGCGAAAUUCAAAUCGAAGAAUAUGCCGUCAAUAGCUACAGUGUCGACGAAAUCAUCAAUAAACCAAAAGUAUGUUGUUCCCAGCUGUAAAACGAAUCCAAAUGAUAAAACUAUGACAGCGAACCAAAACGUUGAGACUCAAAUCGAAAUGGCCAGACAAAGAAAUAUGUCGGUUGUUGAUCCUAUCGAUGAAGGAUUGGCAACAGAAAUUGAAACAUGUAUUAACAGAAACACUUGUUUGAAGGUUGAUGACGAAACAAAUUCCCUUUCAUGUACGGCUAUGAAAGACGCUGAAGUGUAUUAUCAUGGUUUACCGUCGUUAUACAAGAGCGAUAAAUUACCAAACCUCGUAGGUUCUUCAUUCCAAGAACUCACUCCCAGCUCACCAUUAUCACCGAAAAAUAACUCCAAGAAUGCUACUGAUAGCAAAUCAUCUUCGAAAGACUUUACUGAUUCACAUGGUACAGAUUCUUCGAAGGGACCUUUAUCAACUCAGUUAAACAGCCUGUCGCCAACAAAUACCUUCACUCCGGCACAUAUGCAUCCGCAUAAAAGCAGUAAAGCGAAACAUUUUAAUGGUUCCAAACUAAACACUUUUAAUCAAAAUAAUUGCAGGAACAACAAGUGCAAUUGUAUACGCAACCGAUAUCUAACUUCACUGAAUAAAGAUUUGGUCGUCAAUAAGAAAAGAACCUCUACUGGAAUGUCGUCUGCUAAAAAAAAGAAAACAAACGCAGUCGAUUCGAGCAACCAUCUGCUUUUUCGUAAAGGAAAAGAACAUGUUUUCGUUAAUAAUAUGAAAACAAUUUCACAAAGAAGCAUAAAAAAGCAACAGACUGACUCGGAAAAUGAUAAUUUGUUGAAAGAGAAACUGCUGAAAACUUUGGUCAGGUCCAACGAUUCGGCGGGGUCUACGUCGGAUAAUGAAGAUAAUAUUGGAGAAUACCAUAGAAAAUGUUUUCUGAGGAAAAAAGUGAAAAUUAAAAAAACCUGUUUGACGAAAGAAACAAAAUCUGAAAUGUUUAUCUUAAAGCUUCGUAAACAACCCAAGAAUCCUUCGUCUAAAUCAAAAUCAAAGUCUUUUGGUAAAGUCAACCCAAGAUAUUUCCAAGAGUUCAAAGAACUGGAAAAAAUCCUUCAAGAAACAGCGUCGAAGAUUUCCAAACCGCCACAAGUCCAGUACCAACCGUAUGUGUUCUCUUCUUUGAAGCCCUACUACGAUACAAGCUUGGUGCGGUAUAUGAUGAGACAACCACAAGCUCCUUUCCCGAGCUAUCGGAGCCGCCAAACAGCCACUGGUUUGUGUGACCCAACAGAAGACUUAAAGCUUGACACUUUAAUUCUACCGGAAAUACCUUCCAAGACAAUCAAGAGAAUUGAAAAACGAUAUGAAAAUGAGAAAGAACUCAUCCGCAAACAGAAAACGAAUUCACAGAAGAAAGUCGGCGAUGACUGGAAACAGAGAGAAAAGGACUUCUAUAGACAGGAAGUGAAACGUUUAAAGGAAGUGCAUCCAUCCAACAGAGCUAAUCUCUUAGCUUCGUAUAAUGCCUAUCUCCAGAACACUGUUGGGUCUCGCAAGGCUAUCACCGACUACAUCAACAAACUUUCUCUCUCUUCCAGAGUAAAAUGAAUUUCUGCUUCUAAUGUUUGUACGAUUAAAGAAAAAUUAAUUCGAAAUAAUAAAUCUGAAAAGAAAUAUUUUCUUGUAACAUAAACUAAGAAAAAAGUAUUCAUUUGGACCGUAUUAAACACCAUUCGCAAUAUAUUCCGUUCUAUCACAGUUGAACAAAUAUCUAUGUUUAUUUCUGAAUAUCUUUAGACCAAUUAACAAGUUAAAUUCUACUUGAAAGGAAUGCAAAUGUGAUAUGCAUGUGCACCGUUGUGUAAAGAAUAGGUUGUCGUCCCCCUCUCUCUAUUUCGCAUGUAUCCUGGAUUAACGUUAAUCUUAUCCCACCAUUCUAUUCUAUCCACAUUUGCUUUUAAAGACUCUCAGCGCAGGGAUCUGAACACUUUCAUAUUUUACACCAAACCAAACCAUAUUGCAGAAAAUGGAUCUCGGUUAGAAUUUUUGACCAACAAUUUUCAUUUAUUAGACAAAUCAAAUUACUACAACCAUUAGUGUAAAUGUGGCUGUGUAUUCCUCAGAUCUGUGUACUCUUAAUGCAAUUCUCAUGCAGAACCACCUUUUCAAUUACAAUACAUCCGGCGAGCUUCUGCACAGUUUUUGUUAACCUGAUUCCACUUGGAAAGUAUGGGUCGACCCGAGGCGAUAGAAAAUGAUCGUUGCCCCCAGAUGCCAUACAGCAAGAUCGAACAUGGAUCCUCGAUCAUAAUACGCAAACUCACAUUAUAUAAAUGGUCCCUGGACAUUCCUCCUCCUCAACUCCUAGGACUCAUAAUUAGGUUGGUUGGCUGGUUUCCAUGGUGUAUAAAUGGAUGAGACGAAUGCCAUUUUGCUCCUGAACGAGAAGCCAACCCGUUUCGGGGUGCACCCAUUGACAGCUGAGUGGACUGGAGCUAUGUUAAAUGAAGUGUUUCGUUUAAGAACACAACACGCCGCCCGGUCCGGGAAUCGAAACAACAAACAUGCGAUCGUGAGUGCAACACCCCAACCACUGGAUCACGCGUCUUCACACAUUCUACAAGACCACCCUAAAAUGUCCAUAACUUAACACACAUUCUAAACUAAUGAAAGUGUAUUAUUUACAUUUGACGGAUAUUUGUCCUCAUCUUGUUUGUUGUUAACACAACGUUUCGGCUGAUAUACCCUCCAGCCUUCAUCACUACGCCAUAUGCCCGUGGGCAUAUGGCGUAGUGAUUAAGAGCGCGGGCUACUAGCCCCAAGAUUCUGAGUUCGAUUCCAGGCAGUGACUUGAAUAAUAAUAAUAAUAAUAAUAAUAAUAAUAAUAAUAAUAAUAAUAAUAACAACAACAACAACAUUGAAAAAUACCUUAGGAAUGAGAACCCAGGUUCGAAAUUUCCCCAAGACACCUGAUGAAGGCUGGCGGGUAUAUCAGCCGAAACGUUGUGUUAACAACAAACAAGAUGAGGACAAAUAUCUGUCAAAUGUAAAUAAUUCCUCAUGUCUUAAAUAUAGAACUGUAAUGAAAGUUCAGCUAAAAUAUUCAAAGUUAUGUUGAUUACAGUUUAAUUAGGCGCAACAGUUCAAUAAAAUACAAAGAGAAAGUACAAAAUGGGAAAUGGAAUAAACUAUUUGAUUCUCCAUAAAUUCUUAAACUGUAAAUUAUCAGACUCCAUCUAAUCAUACAGAAGUGUGAAGGAGAUAGAAACAGCAGAAUGAUGACUUAAAUGGUUUGUAAUAUUUAGCUACAAACUAUUGAGUUCAAUUCCAACUAGUGUGGUUGUACCUUUCGUUAUUCUGGGCUAAUCGAAAAUAUAUACCAGUAAUUUACUGCGUCUGCUCAAGUAACUAUAUAACAGGACCACCACCCACACACCACCCGUCCCUUAAUCUGUAGCUUUAAGUGAAUAUCUCAACUUUAGCCAGCAGUGUAAAACAAGAGACACGGUUUCAAUCAUUGGUUUGGAUCCCUUUAAAAAAGCAAAUCGAAGAUCACAAUCUUUUUAUUUCUCUUCAAGCCUUUAUUCCCAGCCAAAAUAGAAACCAAUAUUUCAAAUUUUUUACCAUCAUUUAUAAUACUUGGAAUCGUACUUAUGUGACAUUUGAUAUGAGUCUUGUGUGUUGAGACUAAAACAAUUACAGCUUGAAAGACUCACUUUGGCCAUUCAAAGACGCACAAAGACUGUUGACCUCACUUAACCAUUUUUAGUGGAACUGCGUCAAUGACCAGGUCACAGACACUGCGACAAAUAUUUUGAUACCAAAUAAUAAAUGAUUUACAGUUUCUGUGUGGUUUUCAAUGGAUAAAACGAGUCUUCUACGCUGUAAUGGCAUUAAUAAUUUUAAUACUUUUUUAAUCUUUGCUACGACUGUUCACAGUCUUAUUUGUUUUUAGCAGUGGAACUCGAAGCAGAAAAAGCAAUAAAUAAUAGCAUGUGAAUACUAGAUUAGAAAUCCCUUUAGACGGAAAACACCAAAGGCUUCCUGGGGGACUCGAAGCCAUAUCUUCUGUAACGCUUACAGACGUUCUACUAUUGAUGUAUUACUUUCGUCUUAUAGAAAAUAAAGUUUUCAGCAAUUUGA